AUGGAUAAAGUGAAUCCAAGAACGGGAGUCUCCGAUUGUACCGUUUACUCUUAUCUGUGUUAUAAUGCGCUCUAUAGGCAAGUGAUGGCUGAGCAAUGUCCAAAAACGUGUAACAAAUGUCCAGGUGCAGGCAAUUCAGCAUCAACCUCAACCUGCGUGGAUCUAGUAAACCCAAGGACUGGUGUAUCAGACUGCACGAAAACAUCAAGCUACUGUCGUAAUUCUCUCUAUCAACAACUAAUGCGAGAACAAUGUCCUAGAACAUGGAUGAAGUGGGCCCUCAUACUUGUUUGGUUCUCUUUCGCAACUGCGGCUCCAUCAUCAUUUGAUGCUACCUAUGCGGACGAUGUAGCUAGAAAUAAAAUGUUACCACUAGCAGCUGCUGCCUAUGCGAAAAAUCCUCAGACCUGUCUCACAAACAAAUUCACCAAUGCUGAGCUAAAGCGUCAACUCAACGUGAAGUGCGACUCUUUCAGAAGUGACAAAUGUUCUGGAUUCACAGCAGUCUUGAACGGUGAUAAAGCCAUCGUACUAAGUUUCAGAGGCACUGACGCAUUUCUACAACUUGUCAGUGAAUCCGACCAAAGCGUGUUCAGCAAGCAGAUAGCUUGGAUUGGAGGAGGAAAGGUUUCAAAGUAUUUCAACGAUGCUUUCAUGGAUGUAUGGAAUGGAGGGAUGAAAGACGAUUUUAAUACACUCCGUGCAAAGUAUCCCACAUAUCAAGUUUGGGUAACUGGUCACUCACUUGGAGGAGCCAUGGCAACGUUGGCAGCUUCCUAUCUAGUUGCUGCUAAUCUGGUCCCUGCUGCCAAUGUAGAAUUGGUCACAUUUGGUCAGCCGAGAACAGGAAAUAAAGAUUUUUCUGCUGCUCACGACAAGCAGAUGUCUUACACUUUCCGAGUUACACAUUCGCGUGAUAUCGUGCCUCAUGUACCACCGGAGGAUCUCGAAGGCUACUAUCAUCACAAAUAUGAGGCAUUCUAUCACAACCAUAUGAAGCCAGGAGCGUCAUUUGAAGUUUGCGCAGCUGAUGAGGACAAAGGAUGCAGCGAUGGUCUCGAUGUCACAACAUCAAUUGACGAACACUUGCACUAUUUUGAUGUCGAUGUUAACGUUUACGGAGAGAAAGGCUGCAAGUAGACAACCCAGUUCAUAAAUGAUUCAAUAAUAUGUGAAAUUAAUCUAUGAAAAAAGUCACGAGUAGGAACGGAU